ACACCAGAGUAUUCCGAUAUUUGUACUCGCGACAUCAUUGCGUUAUAUCCGGUCUCUCUAGAUACUUCUCUAUCUUCUUGAAGCAUCCGGAAUGCACUACACAAUUUGACGAAACUACCCUCGUCUGCCACUAUAAAUAUCUUACUUAGUCUGAACUUUCUUCAACCAGUACCAUAGCAACAGGUGUUGAUUUCUUAUUACGCAAUUCAAUAUUCCAAUUCCGUCACUCUCUCUUGCGACAAACUUUCAGAAAAUGUCUCUAAUUCCAAGCUUCUUCGGCGGUCGACGGAACAACACGUUCGACCUGUGGGAUCCAUUCCAAGACUUCCCAUUCACCAGCGGUGCUCUAUCGGUUCCCGGAGAAACGGCGUCGUUUGCGAGCACUCGCAUUGAUUGGAAGGAGACCCCGGAAGCCCACGUCUUCAAGGCCGAUCUUCCAGGGGUAAAGAAAGAGGAAGUGAAGGUGGAGGUUGAGGAAGGGAGGAUUCUGCAGAUCAGUGGAGAUAGGAGUGUUGAGAAGGAGGAGAAGAAUGACAAGUGGCACCGAGUGGAGCGCAGCAGCGGCAAGUUCAUGCGGCGGUUCAGAUUGCCGGAGAAUGUGAAGGUGGAUGAGGUGAAGGCUGCCAUGGAGAAUGGUGUUCUUACAGUUACUGUUCCCAAGGCUGAGGUCCAGAAACCUGAUGUCAAGGCCAUCGAUAUUUCUGGUUGAGAAUUACAUUCACAUAAACUUAUAAAUGAAUGAUGUAAGCGGCCGAGGGUGUUGAGGGUUUUGCCCUACUGUAUGAUUUUUCUUUUGAAUUUUGGGCUAUGUCAGUGUCAAACUAUGUACCAGUCAACUAUUCCUUAAUAAUAAAAAAUAAAUAAUUAUAAAUGUUAUAUAGAUAAAGAAAGAAAAAAUAGAAAAUAAAA